GGGUGGAGCCGCUGGGAGCGCGCACGCGCGAAGACUGGGGACUGCCGGCUGCGGGGCUCAGCUCUCCGGGAAUCUCACUCUGGGUGGAGAUGCCUAGCGGGGGGUCGCGACCGGAGGACGGAGCCGCGCCGGUCCCUACGGAGAACUCGAUCCUGCACAAAGAGGACCUGAGCAGUAAGAUUAAAGAACAAAAAAUCGUUGUGGAUGAACUUUCUAACCUGAAGAAGAACAGGAAAGUAUAUCGGCAGCAACAGAACAGCAACAUAUUCUUUCUUGCAGACCGAACAGAAAUGCUUUCUGAAAGCAAAAAUAUAUUGGAUGAGCUGAAAAAAGAAUACCAAGAAAUAGAAAACUCAGAGAAGACCAAAAUCAAGAAAUAGUCAACUUGAUUUCACAUAACAAUGUAUGAACCAGUCGAUCUCCUUAAUGUGGCUUUCAAGACUGAAGAAAAGACCCUAUCAACUAACUGUAACAAAAAGAGAAAACAGAAACAUCAUUGUGAAAUACCUUCUGAAAAAUCCUCUAGAAAUACUGCUG